AUGGGCUUUAUGGGAAGUAUACAACACACUACCAAUACACAAGCAGAACUACUUGCAAUGCUGAGAAGACUACAGAUUGCUGAAGAAAGACAGUUUUCGCCUCUGGAAAUCAAGACAGACUCUACCGAGGUAGGACGAAGCAUUAUUGAACUUUCUCAUACAGGCCUUCAUCGUGUUCGCGAUGUGUCAGGCUUAGGUGACCUUCACGUUUGCGUUCGUCGGCUCGCGUUCGCGGAGCUUCAUCUCCUAGAGCCUUCGCGUUCGCGGGCCAGUGGCCGCGUUCGCGUAGCACAAGAUUCCCUUCCCCCUGCCCAGGCCAUUAGCCUACGUGUUCGCGAGUGCCUGGACGCGUUCGCGAAGGGUACCACUUGGCUUAAAGCCUUGACCUUUUCCAUUAUAACCAGAGAUCGUUUUUCUGAUGAUGAUUCCACAAAUCCUUUGCUAACCAAGCAACCCCACGAGUGCGUGCCGACUGUUGAAGUUGACAGUUUCACGAAUCCUACUUUAGUAGAAACAGAGUUCCCGUUGUUGGCUACACAUCUCCCUUAUACUUGCUUACCACCAUCUAUAUUAGAAUCUGAUUGCAAAAUCAUUUACAUAUGUAGGGAACCAAAAGACACUUUUGUUUCUUGGUGGCAUUACAUGCAAAAGGUUAAAGAAAGCGCCGAUGCAUUCAAAGCAGAGGUUGUUCCAUUCGAACAGGAAUUCAAGUGGUUUUGUGAAGGCAAAUCGUCAUGUGGACCGUACUGGAACCAUGUUUUGGAUUACUGGAUAGCAAGUAGUGUAGAUAGACCAGAGAGAGUGUUCUUCUUAAAGUAUGAAGACUUGAAGAGCAACACGUUGUGCUAUGUAAAGAAAUUGGCGGAAUUCAUGGGUAAACCAUUCUCUACAGAGGAAGAGAAUCAAGGGGUAGCUGAAAAAAUAGUGGCACGCUGUCAUUUUGAAAGUUUGAGCAAUUUAGAGGUGAAUAAGAGCGGCUGGAUUCACCCAAAUACUUUUAGAGUCAAGAACAGUGCGUUUUUUCGAAAAGGAGAAAUAGGAGAUUGGAAGAAUCUUUUGACUGAGGAUAUGGCAAAAUCAGUUGACCACAUAACGCACGAAAAAUUCCAAUCUUUGGGCUUUACAUGGAUCCCUGUUUCAACAAAUGAGUGCAAGAACAAUGCAAAAGAUUAA